AUGCACACCACCAGCUCUGGCUGUCACCACUGCCUACCCUGGUCUCUAAGGACCCGAACAGCCCUUGCAGAUACCCCCAACAUGCUCACCAAGGACUACCCGGUUGUCAAUGUUGGGGACCUCAGCAGCCACAAGGGUGCCAUUUUGAUGUUUAUGGGGAUUGUUGUCCUCACUAUGAAGGCAUCUGUUAUUGAAAUGUUCCUUGCUGUGCCCCAGAUCAACUGCGAUGUCAAAGCUGGAAAGAUAAUCAAUCCUGAGUUUGUUGUAAAAUGUCCGGCAGGAUGCCAAGACCCGAAAUACCACGUUUAUGGCACGGAUAUCUAUGCAUCCUACUCGAGCGUGUGUGGCGCCGCGAUUCACAGUGGCGUGCUUGAUAAUUCAGGAGGGAAAAUACUUGUUCGGAAAGUCGCUGGACAAUCUGGCUACAAAGGGAGUUACUCCAAUGGUGUCCAGUCGUUGUCGCUGCCACGCUGGAGAGAGUCCUUCAUUGUCUCAGAAGGUAAACCCCAAAAGGGUGUAACCUACCCAUCGGCUCUUACAUAUUAAUCAACGAAAAGCCCCCCUGCCAAAACAGGUGAGGCCACAAAAGCCUAUCAGAAGCCACCAGUCCCAGGAACACCCGCACAGCCGGUCACCCUGAUGCAGGUAACAGGAGCCCCGGCCACCGAAGCCACCCACACCAGCCUGCCAAAGCCAUCCCCAUCCACAGGUUCUACCAUCAGCAGCCUCAGACCACAGCCUGUGGGCCACAGGAGCUGGGAACUGGGGGAAAUGGACUUGUGGCAACCUGGAUCGGUCCUUUUAGAUGCAGGAUUUGUUCCAAAAGAAGAAUUAAGCACACAGUCUUUGGAUCCAGUAUCCCAGGGAGAUGCAAACUGCAAAGUUGACUUGUCAUUUUUAAUCGAUGGGAGCUCGAGCAUUGGCAAACGCCGAUUCCGAAUCCAAAAGCAGUUCCUGGCUGAUGUUGCCCAAGCUCUUGACAUUGGCCCUGGCGGUCCACUGAUGGGCGUUGUUCAGUAUGGAGACAACCCUGCUGCUCAAUUUAACCUCAGGACUCACAUGAAUUCCCAGGAUCUGAAGACGGCCAUAGAGAAAAUCACCCAGAGAGGAGGACUUUCUAAUGCAGGUCGGGCCAUCUCCUACACGACCAAGAACUUCUUUUCCAAAGCUAAUGGGAACAGAGGUGGUGCUCCCAACGUGGCCGUGGUGAUUGUGGACGGCUGGCCCACAGACAAGGUGGAGGAGGCUUCGAGGUUCGCAAGAGAGUCAGGAAUCAACAUUUUCUUCAUCACCGUCGAAGGUGCCACUGAGAAUGAGAAGCAGUACGUGACGGAGCCCAACUUCUCGAAUAAGGCGGUGUGCAGAACGAACGGCUUCUACUCGCUCAGUGUGCAGAGCUGGUUCAGCCUCCACAAGACCGUGCAGCCCCUGCUGAAGCGGGUCUGUGACACUGACCGCCUGGCCUGCAGCAAGACCUGCUGGAACUCAGCCGACAUCGGCUUUGUCAUCGACGGCUCCAGCAGCGUGGGGACGGGCAACUUCCGCACAGUUCUCCAGUUUGUGGCCAACAUCAGCAAAGCGUUUGAGAUUUCAGAAACAGACACGCGGAUCGGGGCGGUGCAGUACACCUACGAGCAGCGUCUGGAAUUCGGGUUUGACGAUUACACCACCAAGUCCGACAUCCUGAAUGCCAUCAAUAGGGUGGGCUACUGGAGCGGUGGGACCAGCACCGGGGCUGCCAUAAACUAUGCCCUGGAACAGCUCUUCAAGAAGUCCAAGCCCAACAAGAGGAAGUUAAUGAUCCUCAUCACUGAUGGGAGGUCCUACGAUGACGUCCGAAUACCGGCCAUGGUUGCCCAUCACAAGGGAGUGAUCACCUACGCGAUAGGUGUCGCAUGGGCUGCCCAGGACGAGCUGGAAGUCAUAGCCACUCACCCUGCCAGCGACCACUCCUUCUUUGUAGAUGAGUUUGACAACCUGCACAGAUUUGUCCCCAAGGUCAUCCAGAACAUUUGCACAGAGUUCAACUCACAGCCUCGGAACUGAAUUCCGAGCAGGUAAAGCACCAGCCCAUGCCGCUCCCCUGACUGGCUCUGGCACAGCCCCCACUGCUU